AUGCCAGUAAUAAACGACUCAAACUCAACUUCAGAUGAUGAUGAAAUGUUAUCAAAUUAUAAAUCAGCAAUUUCAAACAAAAAACAAUGUGUAUUUGUUGGAUAUAGCCUUUCUGAUUUUUAUGUAGAUGAAUCAAUUUCAAAAAAUUAUAUGUUAUUAGUUGCUUUAACUCAUGGAAGAGUUAUUAGAUGUUCAAUAAAACAAUAUAAUGAAUCAAAUUCUAGUAAAAAUGAUAAAGAUAUUAACUUGAAUGUUACAAAAAUCUUGAAAAAUUUUAUAAUUGGAUUAACAAAUACUUUAAAAACCACUGAUCCAUCACUUGAUAAAAUUAUAAUUAAACAAAAUAUAAAUUUAGAAAAUUCAAAAUUUUUACGUAAAAUUGAAUUAAAUGGGUUUGAAUUAGUAUUUUCACCAAGUAAUAAAUUAUUAGCUGAUCCAACUAGUCAUUUUAUUCAAUUAAUUUAUACAUUAAGUUUAAAAUCAACCUCAUUAAAUAAAGAUAAUGAUAAUGAUGAUAAAGAUUUUCAAAGUUGUAUCCAAAAACUUUGUGAAUCAAUUGAAAAAGAUCAAUUGGAAUUUUUAAUUGAUAAUAUUGAAAGUUGGUUAAGAUUUACUAAUACUUGUUAG